AUGCCACCCAAGUUGAACGACCCCGGAAACUUCUCUAUCCCUUGUGCUAUUAACAAGGUGAAAAUUGAUAAUGCCUUAUGUGAUUUAGGAGCUAGUGUAAGCCUAAUGCCAUAUUUGGUUUAUCAAAGACUUAAUCUAGGGGAACUCUUACCUUCCAACAUUACCUUGCAACUAGUCGAUAGGUCAAUCAAGUUUCCAAAAGGUAAAGUGGAAGAUGUUCCAUUGAGGGUUGGAAAGUUUGUGAUCCCGGUGGAUUUUGUUGUACUUGAAAUGGAUGAAGAUGCUAUCAUUCCUAUCAUUCUAGGUAGACCCUUUAUUGCUACCUCGGGUGCUUUUGUAGAUGUCAAGAGUGCAAAGAUUUCUCUUAAGGUAGGAGAUGAGGUCAUAGAAUUUGAUUUGAAUGAAAGCAUGUAA